GGUCUUGAGGACAGGCACUCUCACAUCUACCAUCUGGAAUAAAACAGCACCUAGAAAUCAACUAUAACAGCCACAAAGUCAGUCAAACAAAACAAGCAUGGCCUGACAUUAUUAAGCAAACAAGACAAUCCCUAGAACACACAACAUUACUCAUAUAAAUGCCCAUCUUUGCCAACUUAAAAUUUCAGGAACUUUUCCCAGGUUGGAUUGUGAUCUUGGCAACUUUUUCUCCCAAGUAGAAGUGGCUUUGCAGAGAUGGAACCCACUGCGAAAGUAGUCUCCUGUGGUCCAUCAGGGUUGUUGCAGAGUGAUGAACUAUACAAUUAUGUGCUGACGACUAGUGUGUACCCCAGAGAGGAAGAGAUUCUGAAGGAGCUCAGAGAAGCUAUUGCAAACCAUCCACAGUCCUACCUUGCAACUGCACCGGAUGGGGGUCAGUUCAUCGCUCUGCUCCUUAAGCUAUUGAAUGCAAAGAAGACUAUAGAGGUCGGCGUCUUCACUGGAUACUCUCUCCUGCUCACAGCUCUCACGAUUCCGCACGAUGGCAAGAUCAUAGCGAUCGACGUAGACCGAGAAGCAUACGAGAUCGGAUUACCGUUUAUCAAGAAAGCCAACGUCGAACACAAGAUCGACUUCAUUGAAUCGCAAGCUUUGCCUGUCCUCGAUAAAUUAUUAGAAAAUCGAGAAAAUGAAAGCAGCUUCGUCUUUGCAUAUGUCGAUGCUGACCGGGCAAACCUGAAGAACUAUCACGAGAGGCUGCUGAUGCUGGCGAGGGUCGGGGGCGUGAUCGUGUACGAUAACACUCUCUGGGGAGGCACCGUCGCCUUGGCCGGCCCGUCCUCCGCUCACCCAAUAAGGCAAUUCGCGUGGAAGGACACGAUCGAGUUCAACAAGAUGAUAGCGGGCGAUCUUCGGGUCGAUAUAUCUCAAGUAGCGUUGGGCAAUGGGAUGACGAUUUGCAGGCGCAUCUGUUGAUGCCUUUUGAUCACACUUAUGGCAUAGAUCAAAAUAGUACUUGUUCCUCACUCUUUCGAGGUUUGAGCAUAAUAACUUCUAAUACAAAUUGUGAGGCUGUUGUUUUAUGAUCUUUUGAGUACUUUCAAUAAACUUCGGAGGACUGUUCCUGUCAA